UGAUCAUGAUAAGCACUCUUCAGCCGCUAGGCAGGUUUCCUGCGUGCGCCUGCCAUUUACGAGCGAGCGAUUGCGCGAGCGUGUCCGUAUUCUCGUCAGGUCGAGCGGGGGUUGUCGCCAGGUGCACACUUGUCACACCCACUUUGUCGUUCGCUGGACGCGCAGCAAGGUCGUGUAACUGUGAACUGAGGCGGACAUUAGCAAGGUUAUGUGUGUGAUCGCCGGACGUCGGGAAGGCGCCUGUAAGCUUUGAUGGCGACGUAUCCGCGCGCGUGCUUGCCGUCGGCUGGGAAUCAACAAGCCUGCGUUAUUGUCGGCUGGAUAUAAGCCAGCGUGUGUCAUCGUCGGGUGGAUAUAUCCGAGCUUAUACUGUGAGGUCGACAUAACAAAGCUAUUGGCGCUGGUAGAGGUAAACAUUUUCGAGCUUGCGUUGCUGUUACAAGGAUGCAUCUAUCGCUUUAUGAGCUGGAUAUAUCUCUCUCGUGACUCUGUGAGCGGGACACCGUUACCGUGGUAACUUGCGCCUACUCCCUCAAGGCGUCUGCAUCGGAAAUCUCUUCGUCUGUCGAUCGAGGGAUGUUACACUCGCGAUACAUGUGAACAGGAACGGUUAACGCAGCAGAAAAGUGUUGGGGUGCUGCGGAGUGAGGCAGCCGUGGAUAAGGGCACCUCGCGCGAGGGCCGCCUCAAGAUGGCGACCAGAUUCGCCGAGGCGUCGUCUGCGAACAACGACUCGGGUUAUGAGGACGAACGCUACAUGAACGAUGAGGAAUUCUACGACGGCUUCGUCAAGUACUACGUGUGGAAUUCGAUCGAGAAGGUUCUGUGGGAUAAGUGGAUGAUGGCAGACGACGGCAGUGACGACGACGGCAGUAGUGACGAUGGUGGUAAUAGCAGUGACGUCGAUCUAUUGAAGGAGCAAUUGAAGAGUCUUAGUACGGAGCUAGUGACGUUGCGCAGCUCUCUGAAGGAAGGUCUGUCGACAGACGACCCACCACACGACGCCAUGAAGAGAGACAUGAUCGUGAGACAUUGCGCGCACAGUAGCGUCUACUCGACACUAGAGGACCUGAUUCAUCUCUCCGGUCCAUUGACCGAGGACGCCAUCGUUAGAGCUCUACAGACGCGCUUCUACAACGCAGACUUCUACUACACAUAUCUGUGGUCUUCCAGUGGAGUCAGUGGCAGUGGAAAGACAUAUGCUUCCAUGCAGUUGCUAAGGCAACUAUUUGAUAUCGCCGGUGGUGGACCAGAAACGGACACAUUCAAGCACCUCUCUGCUGCUUUUACUGUGCUGCGGUCGCUAGGCAACGCCAAAACAGUCUCCAAUACGGAAUCUAGUCGAAUGGGCCAGUUUAUAGAGGUACAUGUCACAGAUGGCGCCCUCUACCGAACGAAAAUACACUGCUAUUUUAUUGACCAGUCACGAAUCGUGAAACCACAACGGCACGAAAAGAACUUUCACAUUUUCUAUCAGAUGCUCGCCGGUCUAACCCAGGACGAAAAAGUAAAAUUGUACCUGGAGGGGUUCUCUGCUCAUAGCCUUCGAUACCUCAGUCAGGGCGAUACGAAUCAAAACGAGGCUCAGGAUGCAGCUCGCUUCGACACUUGGAAGAUACGUCGCGCUCGUCGCACGGGAGUCUGCCGUCGUCGCGCUCACACCGGCAGCAGCAACGGCUCCCUGCGCUCUGAAUGGCUUCAUCGAGAUCUUCGAACAUGUUCGGCUUCGAAGAAGUCUCAGGAGAACGGCUUCGAGCAGCUGUGCACGAACCUGUGUGCGGAGACGAUGCAACACUUCUACAACACUCACAUCUUUAAGAGCACGCUGGAGUGCGCCAAGGACGAGGGCAUACAGUGUGAGAUCGACGUCGACUACACCGACAACGCGCCCUGCAUAGAACUCAUCUCAUCACAGCGGACUGGCUUGCUGAGUUUACUGGACAGUGAGAGCUUACUUCCGAGGAGCACGAACGAGUCGUAUGUGCAGCGCGUACGGGUGCAGCAUCGCAUGAACCCUGGGUGUUCGAACGACGGACAGGAGGCAGAUCUGUUCGACAGAGAAACGGUCGUGCAUCAGAUACGAGGAUUGGAGGUGUUGGAGACCGUUAACCUGAUGGCUGAAGGUUUCUCGCACCGCAUGCGUUUCAAGGCAUUUUCCAAUAACUAUCGGUUUCUACUCCGGAGUCCGCUGGCUGUCAAAACGGAUAACAAAGCAUACGAAGAAUCGAAGGCUAUUCUAGAGCGACUGUCGCAGAUAUUGUCUGAGAGCAAUACGCCGUUCAGUAGCUCCAGCUGGGCUGUAGGGCAGAAGCACAUAUUUCUUAGUGAGUUGACGCGGCAGCAGUUAGAGACUCUGAGGCAGCGGCGACGCAACCAGGCAGCAACCGUGCUGCAGAAGAACGUACUACGCUGGCGCGCCGUGCGACGCUGGCCCAGUCUACGACGAACCCUGGAGAUGAGGAGGAAGAACUGGAACCACAGGCCGACGCCGCCGCGACCAGCCAAAUCCAGCGCACUCAUGUCAAGGCCACGCCCACAGCCGAUAAUUGACACGUCAGAUGCGCUGGAAAUCAGUCGGCUCUGUGAUAAAUCUACAGUGCAAGCGACCAUCAACGCCUACGGUUUGGAUAUGGAGAACGCUCCACCAAUCCCAGCGAAGCGGACGUACACGGUGACGGGCAACGCAAAGGUCGGCUUCCCUCACACACGAGUUAUCGUCAACACCUACCAGGAAGAUGGUAGGGCGGACCGAACCCUGAUGAAAGGGGAGCCGGUCAAGGUCGUGGGAAAGUCGAGGAAGAGUGGCUACUUGCUCGUAGAGCACAAGAACGGCUUCAGCAUUGAUGUGCCUUUCCAGUAUUUAUCGCUACCGGAGAAGCCAAAUAAAUGCUGAAAUUCCCAGAGACUGGCGCCAAAUCACAGGGACAAAGUUUCAUUUUACUCGUUCGCCAAACAAAGAGAGAGCGUGUGGGAAUUUAUAUUACGUUAUACUGUUAAAAUAAUAUAAUUAAGUAUAUUUUGAAUCAAAAUACUGGUUUUGUGGUUAGGAUAAAUGAGAGGGAAGGUUAAAACAAUAACGGCCUAUCACUCGCGAGAGAGUGUGUGAGAUAUAACAGAAUUAGAGACAGAUCACCACAGCUUUUAAUCAUCAGUUAGAUAGUAGCUCAUCUGAGAAUAUUGUUCCACCUGGCAUUAAUUGUUGAAGCCUCCCGAUUGUGUAAAUGUUAAUCAUUCUUGCUCAUCCGUAGUCUACUUUUGUUCUACUUAUGUGUUCUUGUAGUGUAUAUAGGAUUGAUCUUAGUAGCAUUCCACUGCCGUGUUUGUAUUUAUUUCUGACGUUGUACAUUUCAUAUAUCUUUCACGCGUUGUUAAUCAUGUCGAUUUAUUAUUUUAAUUGCGAGCGCGCGUUAUAUACAGUUGUUUCUGUUGUAGACGAUGAAGGCGACAGUAAAUCGAAUGUUAGAUCUGUUGGAGUUCGAGCUGGUAUAUUGUACACCGCCUUCGCCAUUACUAACUUAUUUCUGCGAAAAAACGCGGCUGUGAACAGACGUUUUGCUAUGGUCUUGGGCAUCGGAGCUUGCUCACUAAAUAACGCCGUAUCUUGUAAAUCGCUGUACCUACCUUUGAAAUCUUUUAAUUGAAAUCUUUGAAACCUGUAAUCUUUGAAAAUGUUAUCGGAGGCUCAUUGCAGUUUAUUUUCUUAAAUAAUCGAUGUGAAUGCACCGUAAAGUCUCAAGAGUUGUCGGAUAACUACAGCCUGGUAGCUAUAGAUGUAGCGGUGAAUGUAUAUAUAUAUACUCUAUGGCUCCGAAUUACGAAAUGCGGAUCAGCGAAGGCUAUACCAAUAGCGCGAAUAUAGCUGAUGCGUUUCGCAUGUCAAGUGCUUAUUAUAGUCCCUCGAUGACUUAGUCUCCCUAUUGUAGUUUUAAUAAUAACGCAAUCUUAUUUCUGUAAUAUAUGUCUUUCUGGUUACGUAAGUGAGCGAGUGCAGGGAUAAUAUUCGCGGCAGAGCAUGGUUGGCUGUUUACAUACCAGCUGGCAGAGUUGUGCCUGUAAUAUAUGAUGUACAGAGUGCGCGUGUUCUCAGUUACAAUUUGCAAUAAACGACCAGUAUGAAAGUAACGCA